AUGAGACGCGGUGUCCUAAUCUUCCUCGUCGUCAAUCUCCUGGUCGUCUCCUUCCUCGUGCGCAGCGUCUUCACGCUCCUCUCCUUGCUCGUGGAAGAUGCUUCCGCCGACGCCAUCCACCGCGCCGAGCUUCCCUCGCCCAAUUCCAGCCUGAUCGAACAACGGCCCCAGGUUAUCCCCAAGAUCAUUCACCAGACAUACAAGAACGAGACGAUCCCGGAAGUGUGGAGAGAAGCCCAGCAGAGCUGCAUUGACUUGCACCCUGACUAUGAAUACAUCCUCUGGACGAACGAGAAAUCGCGCGAGUUUAUUGCCAACGAAUACCCCUGGUUCCUCGAGACGUUCGAUGGAUACAAGUACCCCAUCCAGCGCGCGGAUUCCAUCCGCUACUUUGUUCUGGCGCACUACGGUGGCACUUACAUUGACCUAGACGACGGAUGCAACCGUCGGUUAGAUCCGCUUCUCGCGUACCCUGCCUGGGUCCGUCGCACUGUUCCUACCGGUAUCUCCAAUGAUGCCAUGGGUUCGGUUCCCCAACACCCGUUCUUCCUUCGCACCAUCGAACUCCUGCAAUCCUAUGACCGCCACUGGCUCCUUCCUUACAUUACGGUCAUGUACUCCACCGGUCCGCUGUUCCUGUCCGUGAUCUGGAAAGAAUACAUGCAGACCAACCCCAGCGAGUCGGGACGCGUCCGGAUUCUCAUGCAAGACGAAUACAACAAGUACUCGUGGAGCUUUUUCACGCACCACGUGGGCAACAGCUGGCACGGCAAGGAUGCCCGGUUGAUCUUCUGGAUGGGUCAGCAUUGGUUGUUCCUGACCGUCUGCGGGUUCCUUCUGGCCGCCGUGGUCGGAUUCAGCCUUUGGUGGCUGUACGCGCGCCUGGUGUCCCUGAGUUCUAAGUACCGCUACCGCUACUCGAAGAUUCCCGCUUUCAUUUCGAGUUCCCGCCUGUCCUCCCCGACCCGGGCGUCGCGGCGCAUGAUGCCCACCCUGCUCCGCCGGGUCAGCUUCAAGGAGGACGAAGAAGCCGCGGGCGUCACCGAGACGUCGUACGAGCUCUACAGCCGUCGCGAUUAA